CCUCUGCCCCGGCUCCCAGUCACACUCACACGCACGCACGCUUGCCGCUUGCCCCGAUGGCCAAGGUCGCGCCAUUUCUCCUCCACCAUGCGACGCCACUGCCCAAUCUCAAGCUCCAUAGUCCUCCGAGAAGCACUUCACUUCAUGCCAGGCAUUCCACUCCCGGCCUCGCACGGUGCGCCGUGACGGCUCCGACGAGCACCACCACCACCACCGUGUUGCAGGACGAGGAGCCCUUCAGCCUCGAGCGGUACAUGGCGUCCAAGGCGGCGACCGUGAACGAGGCGCUCGACCGCGCGCUGCCGCCCGGGCACCCCGAGCGCCUCCUCGAGUCCAUGCGCUACUCGCUCCUCGCCGGCGGCAAGCGGGUGCGCCCCAUGCUCGCGCUCGCCGCGUGCGCGCUGGUGGGCGGCGACGAGGCCGCCGCCGAGCCCGUCGCCUGCGCCGUCGAGAUGGUCCACGCCAUGUCGCUCGUCCACGAUGACCUCCCCUGCAUGGACGACGACGACCUCCGGCGCGGCCGCCCCACCAACCACGUCGCCUUCGGCGUCAGCACCGCGCUGCUCGCGGGGGACGCGCUCCUGGCGCUCGCGUUCGAGCACCUCGCCCGGGGCUGCGCGGAGCGCGGCGUGCCGGCCGACCGCGCGCUCCGCGCCGUGGCGGAGCUCGCGGGCGCCGUGGGCGCGGGUGGGCUCGCGGCGGGGCAGGUCGUGGACCUUGCCAGCGAGGGCGCCGACGUCGGCCUUGCCACGCUGGAGUACAUCCACGUGCACAAGACGGCGCGGCUCCUGGAGGCCGCGGCGGUGUGCGGCGCCAUCGUCGCCGGAGGAGCCGAUGAGGAGGUCGAGGGCAUCCGGCGGUACGCGCGUUACGUCGGCCUGCUGUUCCAGGUGGUGGACGACGUGCUGGACGUGACCCUCACGUCCGAGCAGCUGGGGAAGACGGCAGGGAAGGACUUGGCCACCGACAAGGCCACGUACCCGAAGCUGAUGGGCGUGGACGGGGCGCGCGCGUACGCCGCCGAGCUUGUGGCGAGCGCCGAGGCAGAGCUAGACCGCUUCGACGCUGCUCGUACACAGCCUCUGCGUCACCUCGCGCGCUUCAUUGCGUACCGGCAGCACUGAUUAAUUAGUGCAAAAUUAUCACAAUGGUUGUAAAAAAAAUGCUUGUGCCACUGUCCAGUUUUCUUUGAACACAGCACUAUCGAAGCCGGUCACGUACACGAGUAUACACUCACAUUUAUGAACACACGCACUCACACUCCAUCCCUAUGAGCAUCUUUGAGAGACUGAGUCGGCACAUCAACACUCACCCCUAUGAAUGCACGCACUCACACACUAUCCCUAUAAG